AGCCUACCUGCUGGGGGCAGAAGUGAGCUCUUCAUGCCCUUUGUCUACCGAAAACCCAUAAGACAAGUCGAAACUUGCGCAUGCGCCUACCUCUGGUUUGUUCGACCUCUACAACAGACCGACAUCAAAUAUCUACUGGCUGCCCUGCCUCAUCUGAACCAAACGAUACAUCGUGAUGUAUGCCUGUGCUAAGUUCGUCUCCACGCCCUCUCUGGUCCGUGUUGGAUCCCGGGUGCUUUACAGACCCCUCUCAGCGGCAGUAGUCUCUGACAGCAGGAAAGCAGAGUGGCAGACUGCCUCACUCCUGGCACCACCAAGUCCUGCAGCCUCCCAGCAGCAGGUGGCAGUGCGGGGAUUCCAGACCAGUGCUGUGAGUCGUGAUAUUGACACAGCUGCAAAGUUCAUUGGAGCAGGAGCUGCCACUGUUGGUGUGGCUGGAUCUGGAGCUGGUAUUGGAACGGUGUUUGGCAGUCUCAUUAUUGGAUAUGCUAGGAACCCGUCUCUGAAGCAGCAGCUGUUCUCUUAUGCCAUCUUGGGGUUUGCUCUGUCUGAAGCUAUGGGUCUCUUCUGUCUGAUGGUUGCAUUCCUCAUCCUUUUCGCCAUGUAAACACCUUGGCCCUUACUGUACAAGGACACAUCAUAAUGUUAACAAGAGUCAGCAGUUGGAAUAGAAGGAUGAUUUCAGCUCAGUUUGUCUAAAUCUUAUCAGUGUUUAUUGGAAGAUUGCUAAUGUGUUGAGGUUCUCUGCUAAACUCAAAUCAUUGUCAUGAUGGGUCUAAACUACUGUGUAUUUAAUUGAAAGGUUUGGUAACAAACAUGCGGCCUGUAAUUGAAGUAAAACACUUAAUUCUUAA